AACAAAAAAAAGCCAAGACAAAACGCCAUUUUUUCUUUUUGUCCAUUCUUCUUCCUUCCUCUUCUGAAAAUUGAAAUUUCACAACACUUUGUCUCUCUUCCUAGACUCAAGACCUAGAGAGAGAGAGUGAAAUAUUACUCGGAGGCUGAAGUUGAUUCUCCGGUCAUCGGAAGAUUGGUUGAUUAACGAUGGCGAUAUCUGACCGUCAGAAUCGGAGUGCGGAUCGUCAGAAGCUCUUCAGGCUAUGCCCGUUUUGGCAGAGGAGAAACACCACCUCCUCUUCUCCGUCCUCAACGCAGAACCCAAGCCAAAAUUACCGUAGCAGCCGCCGUGGACAUCGGAAUAAUACGGAUGUCUCCGGCGUUCCCAAGCCGUCCUCCGCCUUGACUGUCUCUUCCGUCGCGAAAUCACUUCUUCCGGCUCGCCGUCGUCUCCGGCUAGAUCCUUCCAGCUAUCUUUAUUUCCCUUAUGAACCUGGUAAACAAGUGCGAAGCGCAACCAAGCUUAAAAACACUAGCAAAUCUCAUACUGCAUUUAAGUUCCAAACAACUGCACCAAAGAGUUGUUACAUGCGUCCCCCUGGUGGAGUUUUGGCUCCAGGAGAGAGCGUCUUUGCAACUGUGUUCAAGUUCGUGGAACACCCAGAGAACAACGAGAAACAGAAGUUAAACCAGAAGAGCAAGGUUAAGUUUAAGAUUAUGAGCCUGAAAGUGAAACCGGGAGUAGAGUAUGUGCCCGAAUUGUUUGAUGAGCAAAAGGAUCAAGUAACAGUAGAGAGGGUUCUUCGGGUCAUUUUUCUUGAUGCAGACCGCCCAAGUGCUGCACUAGAGAAACUGAAACGUCAAGUGGAUGAGGCUGAAGCUGCAGUUGAAGAAAGAAAGAAGCCUCCACCAGAGACAGGGCCUCGCGUGGUCGGGGAGGGUCUUGUUAUCGAUGAAUGGAAGGAGAGAAGAGAGAAGUAUCUUGCUCGACAACAAGUCGAAGCCAUAGAUUCUUCGUCCUGAAAAACAGAGAGAAACGUGGAUUUGUUAUAGCGGAGGUAAAAGACGCUCUUAUUUCCUUCGUCUUAUGCAGCUGUACAUAAUUAAUCAUCCGUUAAUUAUGUGUUUAUUAUCUAUCUCUAGACGAUUACUUUGUGGUUCUUGUAUGUCUGUUUGUUGUGUGAUCCUGCCGGUUUUACUCUUCCAUCAAAUUUUGUUUCGGUUUAUCAAAUUCCGUGUUAGAA